AAAUUAGUUAAUUCCGAUACAAUAUUCUAUCUGCACACAAUAGUCAAUGUCGCCGGAAAUUCCAAUUUUCCGAACAGAAUCGGUGGAAGUUUUCGUCCGCUGUCUAGGGGUUAUUGAGGCCUUGAAGUGAGUUUCCAUUCGUGUUAGGGUUUCGUGUGAUGUUUACGCCGUAUAAUAAGCCGGCUCGGCCGGCGCUGACAAUAACUCCGCGGAGCGAGGGCCAGAGGAGCGGCGGAGAAUUGGGGGCAGGGACCAACCGCACGAACGCAGGGAAGCGCAAGUCGGUGGCGUUUGUGGACGGCCCGCCGGUGCCACCUCCGCCGUUGGGUUCACUCAGUGAAAGUGGGAUGAAGGCGGCGGAGGGCACCGGGAACAUGGAUGACUGGAGGCGGUUCAGGGAGGCCGGGCUGCUGGACGAGGAGGCCAUGGAGAGGAAGGAUCUGGCCGCCCUCGCUGGGAAGGUUUCCAAGCUGGAGAGAGAGCUUUUUGACUACCAGUACAAUAUGGGGCUUCUGCUUAUUGAGAAGGAGGGGUGGCUUUCAAAGAAUGAAGAACUUGGAGAAGCACUGGAUGAGACUCAAGAGGUCAUCAAACGGGAGCAAGCGACACAUUUAAUUGCAAUUUCUGAAGUGGAGAAGAGGGAGGGAAAUUUGAGGACAGCCUUAGGUGUUGAAAAGCAACGAGUAGCUGGUCUUGAGAAGGCAAUUUGGGAGAUGCGUGAAGAGCAUGAACAAAUCAAGCUCACAUCUGAGAUGAAGUUAUCUGAUGCAAAUGCUUUGGUUGCUGGACUUGAGUGUAAAUCAUUGGAGGCAGAGAAAAAGAUGCAUGGUGCUGAUGCAAAGCUUUCUGAGGCUAGUAGAAAGUGUUCAGAGUUGGAGAGGAAAUUGCAGGAGCUUGAGAUUCGUGAAAAUAUUCUUCGGAGGGAGCGCCUCUCCCUUAACACAGAGCGUGAGGCACAUGAGGCAACUUUACACAAACAAAAAGAGGACAUACUGGAGUGGGAGAGGAAGCUGCAGGAAGCUGAAGAGAAACUAUGUGAGGGUCGGAGAAUCAUCAAUCAGAGAGAGGAAAAUGCAAAUGAAAUGGACAUAAUCCUCAAGCAAAAAGAGAAAACAAUUGAAGAAAUGGAGAAGAAGAUUGAGUCGUCCAGCAGAACUUUGAAGAAGAAAGAGGAAGAUAUAGACAACAGACUAUUGGAUUUAGUUACAAAAGAGAAGAAAGCUGAAUCUCUUACAAGUGGCCUAGAGAUGAAGGAGAAGGAAUUGCAUGCUUUGUCAGAAAAGCUUGGUGCCAGAGAAAGAGUGGAGAUCCAGAAGGUCCUUGAUGAACAUAGAGCCCUCCUGGACACAAAAUUGCAGGAUAUUGAUUUGGAAAUGGAAGAAAGGAGGAAAUCAUUUGAGGCUGAAAUGAGAAGCCAAGUAGAAGCAGUGGACCAAAAGGAAGCAGAAAUGAACCACAGGAAGGAAAAGCUGGGAAAGCGAGAGCAUGCAUUGGAAAAGAAGUCAGAGAGGCUCAAGGAAAAAGAGAAGGAUCUUGAUGCAAAGUUGAAAAGUCUGAAGGAGAAGGAGAAAGCUGUGAAAGCUGAGGAGAAAAGAUUGGAUAUUGAAAAGAACCAAAUGCUUUGUGAUAAAGAAAGUCUGAGUGCUGUCAAAGAUGAACUUGAGAGGCUACGGGCCAACAUUAGUCAAAGAGAAUUGCAGAUAGAUGAAGAGAGGGACAAACUCAGAGUUAGUGAAGAAGAGAAGGCUGAACUUCUCCAUUUGAAAUUGGAGUUGAAAGAGGAGAUAGAGAAGUGCAGACUUCAGAAGAGGUUAAUUCUGAAGGACAUUGAGGAUCUGAAGCAGGAUAGAACGAAAUUUGAGGAGGAAUGGGAAGAGUUGGAUGAAAAACGAGUUUCAAUUACUAAAGAGUUAAGAGAGCUUGAUGAAGCAAAAGAGAAGCUGGAAAUAUUGCAGCACUCUGAAGAAGAAAAGUUGCAAAAGGAGAGACUUGCAACACAGGAAUAUAUAGAGAGAGAGUUAGAACGUGUCAAACAAGAAAAAGAAUCAUUUUCAGCCAUGAUAAAGCACGAACAGUUAGUUUUAUCUGAAAAGGCAGAAAAUGAACAGAGUCAGUUGCUCCGUGAGUUUGAAUUGCAGAGAAAAGAUCUUAAGGCUGAUCUGUGGAAUAGGCAAGAGGAAAUGGAGAAAUGCAUGCGGGAAAGGGAGAGAGUUUUUGAGGAAGAGAGAGAGAAAGAACUUGCUAAUAUAAGCCAUAUAAAGGGUGUUAUUGAGAAGGAAUUGGAAGAAGUAAGAUAUGAAAGCCAUAGAGUGGAAAAGGAAAGGGAGGGAAGUGUUUUAAGCAGGAGGCAACUGGAAAUGCAUCAACUCGAAAUGCGUAGAGAUAUUGAUGAGCUUGCUUUCCUUAGCAAGAAGCUGAAGGAUCAGCGUCAACUAUUUGUGAAGGAAAGAGGCAGAUUUCUUGCAUUUGUUGAGAAGGUUAAGAGUUGCAAGAAUUGUGGAGAUAUUACACAGGAAUAUUUGCUCUCCGAUCUCCAGAUGCUUGACGCGGAAGAUGAGGAGGCCCCUCCUUUUCCACGAUUGGUAGAUGAAGGUUUACUGGGCUCUCAAGGUAUGGGAGCUCCUGCUGAUGGAACAAGUAUCAAGAGAUCUCCUGGUGAAGUUGAUUUGAAAUCAGAUUAUGGUGGACGCACAUCUUGGCUUUGGAAGUGCACCUCAAGACUUUUCAAGCUGUCACCUAAUAGAGUGGUUCAGUCUGACGCUGUUCAAAAUCUGGAGUUGCCUUUAGCAGCUGAGGAGGUCAAUAGAACUGAAAAAACUGGUGCACCAGGUAUGCAGAUUGAUAUUGAAGAAACAAGGGGGCAAAGGAUAAUAGGAGGAGGACCAGAACCAUCAUUUGGGAUUGAAAAUGACUCUGUUGAUGUUCAGCAGCUUACAUCCACUAAUAUCGUUGGAGAGGUGGAUACUGGGUGGUCUCCAUCCAUCGACAGCCAGAGCAACAUGGACAGUAAGGUUCCAGAAGGUUCCCAGCAAUCAGAGUUGAGGAAUAAUUGGCGCAAACCAAGCAGAAAGCCUAAGGGUGGCAUUCAUAGAACGCGUUCUGUGAAGGCAGUGGUUGAGGAUGCUAAGAUCAUUCUAGAGAAGACAUCAGAUGGCCCAACACUGCAGGAGUCGCAGCCUAACGAUUCUGCGCAUGUUGGGGAGGAAAGUAGAGGCUAUUCCAGCCGUGCUGAGAAAGCUGAUGGUACCUCUAAAAGGAAGCGACAUCAUGCACAAACCUCAAGAAUCACAGUGAGUGAGCAGGAUGCUGAUGAAAGUGAAGGGCAUUCAGUUAGUGCCACUGCAGAUGGGCGCAAGAAGAGGCGGCAGACAAUUCCUUCAGUGGUGCAAACUCCAGGAGAGAAACGUUACAAUCUCAGGCGACACAGGACUGCAGGUAUAGCCACUGCAGUCCCAAGUUCAGUUGAUUUAAAGAAGAAAAAUGGUAAACAAGUCAAAGGUGGAAGUGGUGAUACAGUUGAAGCGGUGACAAACCCUGAAGUUUCCUCAGCACCCUUGUUUGAAGGCGGUGCCAAGAAUGAGGACGCAACCCCAUUAGUCCAGGUCACAACAUACAAGAAUAUUGAAAUUCAGAAGUUAUCACUUGACAGGGUUGCCAUGUCCAGGACAGUAGCCAAUGCUGAUGAUAGUACAGAUGCAUCAAAGUUGGUUGAGAAUAUGGGGUUGAGUGAGGAGGUAAAUGGUACAUCAGGACGUGGAGGUGAAGAUGAGAUUGCAACUGCUUUCCAUGAAACUGACGGAGUCAACAAUGACGAUGAUGAUGAGGAUGAUGAUGAUGAAGAUGAUGGUGAUGAUGGUGAUCACAUGACGCAUCCUGGUGAGGUGUCAAUAGGAAAGAAACUGUGGACCUUCUUCACGACAUGACAACACUCCAUCUGGUCGGACUAGGAGCUCUCUCUCUCUCUCUCUCUAAGUAGAAAUUUUUAGGUUCACUUGGACUGAAUGCAACAUCUGAUUUUAUUUUGCUUUCCUUACAUUUUGAUGCCAGGGCAGUAUAUCUGGUUGAUUUUAAUGUAGUAGAAUGAGGUUUCUGCUUUUUCCGACUGCUCGGUCACGACCGUCCCUGAAUUGGUGAUGUGAAGAAGUUGUAAUUCAUUCCGAUC